AUGAAGCAAAAAAAUCAAAAUACAGUACAUUAUUAUGAAGAUGGUGAUAUCCUAAUAACGGUGCAAGAUGUGACAUUUCGAAUACAUAAAAAUAUUUUAUCUAUAGCAUCAAAAGUAUUUCGUGAUAUGUUCACAUGCGCUACAUCAUCCUCAGAGGAAGAAUUACCGAGUUUAACUUUAACUGAUACAUCAUCAACAACAUUUGAAAAUUUAUUAGCAUAUUUAUACCCACACACCUUUACACCUAUUACAUGGAAAAACGUUACGGAAUUUUGUCAAUUAGCUGAUAAAUACGAAUUCAAUAUGGUGAUUGAAGCGGCUGAUAAUUUUUUGAAAGCGAAUUUUCAAGAAAACCCACUCAUUUCAUUGGUGUUGGCUGACAGGUAUGGGUUUAAAUGCGUCUAUAAAGAAUCAUCUAAAUUAAUUUUGGAUAAUUUAUUACAAUACAAAGGGGAUUUACCGUUCAAAAAACUUUCAAGCGAUACAAGAUGCGCUUUGAUGGAGAAAUAUUUGGAUUUUGUUGUAGCAGUAUCUUCAUUACAAGAUCUGAAGCAUCAAUAUGAUUAUCAUCAUGCUUGUGAGAAAAAUCCAAAUUUAUAUACGGUCUGUUUAAAUAAACAAAAAACUUGUCAAUUAUAUGAAGAUUUUUUUAACGGUGUGCAAUUAGAUCCAACGGUGCCUCCUUCUAUAAAUUUAAAUCUUUUCCUGAAAUAUUGUAAGAAAUUUAAAAAGAAACAUGCGCUAUUAAAUCAAUGUAAUAUUUAUUUUAUUCAACAUUAUUUAAUUGGUAAAAUUGUGAAGUAUUUAUUUUCUGGUGAUAUUAAAGCUGCUGAUACUUUGGAAUUAGCGUUAAUAACGUUAGCACAAGAUACUAUAGCUAGCAAUUGUAUAGUACCUUUAGAGCCAGUUCCGGUAGAGAAUAAGCAGAUAACGAUAGGAUAUGUUCAACUGUUUGACACAAGUCAACCAAAAAGACCAAACAUUCCAUGGAGCUAUUAUGAUUUUAUAAAUGUUAUUGCAUACCCACAAGACAGAGGAGGAGAUUGGAAUGAUAUUUUCCGUCCAAAAGAUGUGAGCAAAUUAAAACUCAUAGAUGAUUUGGUUAGAGAUAAAGCUAAUUCAUCUACUAAAAUUCUUCUUUCAAUAAGAGAUUAUGACGUUGGUAAAUGGCCUCAAGGGCAGCUCGAGCAACAAGGGCAGCAAGGACAGCAAAUUGAUGGCGAUUAUCAAAAAAUUAUUACCGAAACAAUUUUAACUAUAAAAAAUCAUGGUUUAGACGGUAUAGACAUUGAAUAUCCUGGAAUGAGAGGAAGUUUAUGUAGACCUGAUCCUAUAUGGGAUAAAGAAAAUGAUGGCAAAUUCAUUAAUUUUUUAACAAGACUUCGAGGGGAAUUGAUUAAAAUGGAAGGUUCAAAAAUACUUAUGUUAACAGUUGGUAGAGAUAUAAUUGGAAAUUUAAAAAAUGAAAUUGAUUUUCUUAACAUAGAAACUUAUCACAAUAGUUUUUAUCAAAAUUUAAAUGGGCCAGACGAUAACUAUAGAUCAUAUCCAAAUUCUCCACUGAAUAUAUUCAGAUUGGCAUAUGAAAAUUGGAGUAAGGCUGGAAUUGAUAGUAAAAAAAUAAUUAUGGGCGUAGAUUUUGGGAACACUAUUCAAAUGAUAUUUGAUAAUGCCAAAACAAUUGAACAAUCUCAAACUGUUGCGUUUCCUAAAAAUGUUGUUUUUGAUGUUAAAAGUCUAGGUUUAGAGGCACAAACCAAAUUAAUCAAAGAUCCUUGCGGUGAUGAUUCUAAUCAAAUGAAACUAUAUUCAUGGUCAUGGAAACAUCUUUCAAAUUCUACUCUAGAUCCAAAAUCCGGAUAUUGUAAUAUUAUUAAUAAUAAUAUUCAACUUAAAUGGACGCGUAAUUUUGGCCAGGUUGAUGAAUCUAAGACACCAUGGUUAUAUAGCGCUUUUAAUCCUGAUAUUAUUCCUAAUAAUUAUUUGUAUGUAUCUUAUGAAGAUUUUGUUUCAUUAAGUUUGAAGUUAGAAUUUGCCAAGAAUAAUUCAGUCGGAGGAAUUUCUAUAUCUGAUGUUACUUUUGAUGAUGAUAAGAACAAUUUAUUAAGUUUUAUGCAGCCAAUACGAGGUAAAUCAACAGUUGGAAGUUCAUCUCCAUCGAAUGGAUCAGAUAAUAAAUCUAAUCCUAAUAAUAACGUAGGAAUUAAGAAAGGAAUUAUCACUGGUUCAAUUGUUGGAAGUGUAUUGGGUCUGUUUUUAUUAGUAAGUUGCGCGUAUUGGUAUCGUCAAAAAACUCUUCGUAAAACCGAAGUUGAUAUUAAUCCAGAAUUAUCAUCAAAUCGAAUUGUUUCUUCGACAACUGUUAUACCAAGUGAUCGACGGAUCAUCGAUCAUCUAAUUAUCGAAUGA